AUGAGUGCCUUCCACGACUCAAAUCCAGUCGACCAAGAUGCAUUACAGUACCUUAAAAAGAUGCAAUCCUCAAUCGAGGUAAAUCUUUCUAAAUUAGAAGCCGAGUUUGCAAACCUCAAACAGCAUAAAGGACAAAACAGAGCCGAACAAAAACCACAUGCGCAAAAAUCACAAGUAGUUACAAGUGAAACGGGUCAUGCACCUCAUUGGGAUCAAGUGAUUCAGUUUGUUCAGAAAGGUCAACAAGAAGAAGCAGUCUAUUCUUUGGUUCGAGUUGUUCAGCGUCUUCUCGAUGAGAAAGCAACAAAGAAAACUCUCAACGAAAAAGCGAAUAAAACAUAUGUUGACAGCUUAUUUGGAACAAUUUCGAAUUCGAUGUCGACAAACUUAGAAGCGAGUACUACCGGAUCCCUGGAAACAUUAAAUGAAAGGAUUGCUGGUUUACAUGCAAAAAUUCAAAGCGUGAGACAAUAUAUGGAAACAGAAUUAAGAGAUAUCGAAGCUUCAAUACAAAAUUUAACAAGACCAGAUGAGGCAAAGUCUAAGUAA